AUGUAUUCAACUGUGAUUGAUCGCGCACUCGACGAGAUUGUCGCCGAGAAGAAAGGCUCUCGUGGACGCAGCAGCGCAAGGGGUGGCUUGUCUGGUAGUCAUCGAGCAUCCGGUUUCAGUGGUCGUUGGCAACAUGACAGAUUUGAAGGAGUGCAUGACACAGGUCGUGAUCGCAAGGACUCGAGGCGCAGAAGUGGUGUCAAGCUUCCCACCGCUGUUGUUCGCAUUCUUCUCGCCAAUUUGCGAACAAGUUGGAACGGCACAAUUUGCUACCUCCUUUUGAUGACGCACAAAAUCACAUUGGUUGAUGAUGUUUCUACUAUAACUAUCGGAACGGUUCGUGAGCGCAUUAAGUUUGCUCGCGCUAAAGCUUCGCGGGGUGAUGGUAGAGUUCACCGAACGAUUCGUGGUCGUGUCAAGAAGUCAAGGAGCAGUGACAGUGGUGGACGUCUAUCCGCGGACCGACCUUCGUGGGACCAACACGAUCAUAGGGAUCAAGCUGAUGAAACCUCUGAAGUCAAACCAAAGCAUAAACCAUCGCCCACUUCCUCCACCAAAUGGUCGCAUAAGAAACUUUCUCAAGAGGAACUUGACCGUCAGCUGGACGAGUAUAUGAAACGGACGGUGGACCAGCAAAUGGAU